CGCCUCACUCAAAACGUCAUUGAAAACAUGGCAGUUUUCUUGAGCCGGUUACACCACGUUUCCGUCCACGUUUCUAACGCGGAGAAAAUAGCUAAUGACCUUGUCUCUAAAUUCAAGUUUAAUUUGUUUGCUGCCAGACUGACUGACAAGUCCAGGCAGUUUGCUUUCAGGAAAGGAGCAGCAGUUUUCGUCGUAAAUGAGAGACCCAGUAAGAGCAGUGUGGGAUUGAAUGAAGGGAUACUGAGCCUAACUGACCGACAUCCCGCUGAUUCACUGCGGGCCGACUUGGGGAAGUACAAGCAGGGUAGUAAUUCUUUGGGAUGUCUUUACGAUGUCAGCCCACUUCAUGCGGUGGAUAGUGUAAACAACGUGUGUUUUGAGGUAGAGGAUGUGCAAAGGUCAUUCAAGGUUCUUCGCCACCUGGGCUGCAAUUUCUUGGUGCCUCCCACCACCGUUGAGGACGUGAAUGGUCCUGUCACCUACGCGGUAGUAAAAUCAAUUGUGGGAAACGUGUGCCACACACUCAUUGAGAAGACAAACUAUGAGGGAGUCUUUUUGCCCGGGUUUGAUGUCAAUGAAAAGGACUGGAGCUUGGAAAAAGAGGACAUAUCUUGUCCUGUCACACAUUUUGAUCACAUAACUUAUGCUUGCCCGAGGAAGACAACACACCAGGUCAUGGGGUGGUACGAGAAACACUUUGGUUUUCAGAGGUUUUACAUUGAUAGUAAUGAAGACGUGGAUGAAGGUUUCGUGAUAAACCAGGGGGGCAUUGGGCUUCGACUUACUGCCAUGGAGUACUGGAAAUGCAGCAAAGCGGGCAUCACACUUCCUUUUGCAGGCAAAAAGGAACCUGACUGCAAGUUUGUCAUUGCAGAAUCACUCCCAGAACAAGGCCGGAACCAGGUUGACACCUUCUUGGAGCAGCACAGGGCCCCGGGGAUUCAGCACAUUGGGCUGUACACCAAGAACAUUGUCUCUACUGCACACACAAUGGCUGAAGCUGGUGUACAGUUUUUCUCCCCUCCUCCAGCUUAUUACACACAGGUGGGAAAACAGCAGGAAAUAGAGGAAGCAGGUCACAGCCCCCAGAUGCUGGCGCAGCAUGGCAUUCUCCUGGAUACGGACCUGCACCAGGUUCCUUUAUCACAGACAGCAUCCAGCAAAAGAUAUCUUCUACAGGUGUUCACCAAGCCCAUAUUUGCUGAGGACACCUUCUUUCUUGAGCUGAUUGAGCGAAGAGGGGCGACGGGUUUUGGCGAGGGGAACAUCAGGGCGCUGUGGAGAUCGGUGCAGACAUACAUGGAAAAUGAGAGGGUGGAUCCUCAGGAAGCUCAGGGAUCUUCAAAAACUGUGCAAACUGCUUUUAGUUAGCCACUCCAGACAUUUCCAUCAUAGGUUAUUUUAUUUCCUGUGGGAGCACUCCCUACUGAAAAACAUGUUGAAUGUUUAAAUGAUUUCAAAUAAUGUUGACAAGAGUUAAAACUCAAGUCCCUUGUUGCACUGUUGACCCAUUACCAAUUAUAUAUGAUUUCAAUAUCUGUUGAAAUGGAAUGCAAUGCUCUGUUCUUGAAACAAAACGCACUUACUGUAGCAGUACAAGAAUGUCUUUGUUUUCACUGUCUCAAAGCAAACCAAAUUGCUCCAGAGUAACCUCAAUAAACUUGACUCACAGUAAACUGUGAAAAUCAAUUGCUGUCUUCAAAAUAUUGUGCUCUGUUUUUCUUCUUGUGUGGGCCAAACUUCACAAUAAGUGCACUUGAAACAUCUUAGACUUUCCUAGA